CCUCCGGCGCUCGCUCCCGCCCCCUUUUGAGCCUCGCCAGCCGCCGUCGCCCCCCUCGCGCGCCGAAUUCAAAAAACGGCUGCUGAGGGCGAGAGAAGAACCCCGGAGUCCUGCGAGGGGAGCCGCCCAGCUGCGCCUUCCGAAAGGGCUAAUUGUCCACCAUGAAUACAGAAACUGCCUUCAAGACUCCCAGUAAGCUCUCUGAAGGAAAGAAAUCAGGACAAGAUAGCUCCCCAGCCUUAAUAACUAUCCCAGCCUCUCCCUUCAUGCAGAAGCUUGGAUAUGGAACUGGAGUCAAUGUUUACCUUAUGAAAAGAUCUCCCAAAGGCACCUCUCAGUCUCCCUGGGCUGUGAAGAAAAUCAACCCCAAAUGUGACUCCAACCAGCGAAGUACAUAUCAAAAGCGGCUGAAUGAAGAAGCCAAGAUUCUCCAACAUCUGCAGCACCCAAACAUUGUGGGGUAUCGUGCAUUUGCCGAAGCCAAAGAUGGGAGCAUGUGCCUUGCCAUGGAGUACGGGGGAGAGAAGUCUCUCAAUGACCUCAUUGAAGAGAGGAACUCAAAGCAGCAGGGGCCCUUUCCAGCUGCUACCAUCCUCAAAGUUGCCUUGCACAUGGCAAGGGGGUUGAAGUAUCUACACAAUGACAAGAAAUUGCUUCAUGGUGACAUCAAAUCUUCAAAUAUUGUCAUUAAAGGUGACUUUGAAUCAAUCAAAAUCUGUGACGUGGGUGUUUCACUGCCUCUGGAUGAGAAUAUGAUAGUGAGUGACCCAGAAGCCCAUUAUAUUGGCACCGAACCCUGGAAGCCCAAAGAAGCUCUGGUGGAAGACGGCGUUAUAUCUGACAAGGCUGACAUCUUUGCAUUUGGUCUGACUCUGUGGGAAAUGAUGACGCUCUCCAUACCCCACCUCAACUUGCUUGGAGGUGACAAUGAAGAGUCGGACGAAGAUGCUUCUUUUGAUGAGGAGGACUUUGAUGAGGAUGCCUAUUAUGCAGCUCUCGGGACCCGGCCACCUCUCAACAUGGAGUUGCUGGGCCCUUCGUACCAGAAAGUGAUUGAGCUGUUUUCUCUCUGCACCAUUGAGGAUCCAAGGAAACGUCCAGCAGCUGCACAAGUUGUCGUUGUCCUCGAGACAGAGGCAUCUGUACAAUAAGUGUCUUCCCAAUCCCUGCACUACUCUGGCAGCUUCUCCAUCUCAUUUUAGAAGUAUUUUAGUUGAGACUGGAUGUGUUUAGUGCAUAGUUAUAUUAUAUAGUUAUAUUGCAAAGGGAAACUGAAUUUUCAGACUUCCUUGAUAAUAUAUAGAACUGGGUGGGUUUCACACCAUUCCAUAUAAGCUACUAAGCAUAGCCACACUGUACAUAUUUUAUAGUCUAGAAAGAUGGCUCUAAGUAGUGUCUUCAGGGAUGCCAACUCUUUUUCUUAUGGACUUCUUGUUAAACUGAUGCUGAGGAAUUGUUCAUAGACUAGAACUUCAGUAUUGUAAAUAUAAAGCAACUUAGUCAUGGGUAACUGUUCUUUUUCCUCCUGCUCCUCUUGUUUUGCAUGCUCAUCAAAAAGUGUGUUUGUGUGGUUUUUUUAAUUGACUUUGUUCUUAAAGAAACCUUAAUUGUUGUUGUUAAAAUAAACCUCAGAGUAUUCUGUCA